AUGCAGGCGCCACGUGGCGGUGGCUUCCUCGGGAAGCGCAAGGAGCGCGACUACUACUACUACCCCUACCCCUCGGUGUCGACGCCGUCGGAGCAGGCGGUACUGCUCCAGCAGCAACCGCCGCCGCCGCCGCCGCCGCCGCCGCUGCUCGCAAGGCCGGAUCCGCGUGGCGUCAAGCCGGACCGCCCGGCGGUGAGGUUUGGCGCCAAGCCGCCGCUCCCUCAGCCAGGGGCCCAGGUCGGCGGCAACAAGCUGCUGGCCGGGUACCUGGCGCACGAGUUCCUGCGGUGCGGCACGCUCCUCGGCGAGCGGAGGCUCGAGCCGCCCCACCUGAAGGAGAAGGAUCCCACCACCGUGCCCGCGCCCGAGCCGAGCAGGCGCUACGCGGAGGUUUCGCGGCUGCUUAUGGCGGGCGGGGCCCGCAUCCCCGGCGUCGUCAACCCGUCGCAGCUCGGAAGCUGGCUCCGGAUCAAGGAGUGA